UCAAAUGGCCUCUGGAAAUUUCCACAGUUCACUCACGAGAGAACGAAAGUGAAAAAGACAGAUCAGGUCUUACUACCGAAACGGAAAUGGUUUUGACCUCGGAGAUCUUGGAGACGUCCCAGACUUGGUGGACCACAACUUGAGAACCAACUAACUGAUUAAUUUUAAGGUCACUUCCCAUUUCAAGUUACUAAUAAGUGUACUUUCUCUGAUUAUUUUGUUCUCGUCCCGGGACCUCGAGGACCGCCAGACCCAGGAGACGCCGGGACUUCGGGGUGCUGCGCUCGCGGACCUGGACACGCCCCAGGCUCGGAGACGCCGGGUCCGGACGCGAGUCCGAAUCCGCCAGCGCGCCGAGGAGCGGCCAGGACGGGCGGAGCCGCGGCGGGGAGAGGACGGGCCCGACGCCCCAGAUCUGCGCCGGCGGCAGAGCGCGGCCAGUUUGACGUCUCCAGACGAUGUUUGCGCUUGUGGUUCUGCUCAGCCAGCUGCCCCCGGUGGUCGCCGCGUUUCCUCGGCAUGCAGGAGAGGACGUCUUUAGAUCAAAAGAAGAAGCAAACUUUUUCAUACGUAGACACCUCCUGUAUAAUAGGUUUGAUUUGGAGCUCUUCACUCCCGGGGACCUGGAAAGAGAGUGCCAAGAAGAACUGUGUAAUUAUGAGGAAGCCAGAGAGAUUUUUGUGGAUGAAGAUAAAACGAUGACAUUUUGGCAGGAAUAUUCAAUUAAAGGACUAAACACAAAAUCAGAUGGUAACAGAGAGAAAAUCGAUGUUAUGGGCCUUCUGACUGGAUUAAUUGCUGCUGGAGUAUUUUUGGUUAUUUUUGGAUUACUUGGUUACUAUCUUUGUAUCACUAAGUGUAACAGGCAACGACAUCCAGGUUCUUCAGCCACCUGUAGAAGAAGGGGCAGGCACACUCCCUCCAUCGUUUUCAGAAGACCUGAGGAGGCUGUCUUGUGUCCAUCACCACCUCCAGAGGAGGACGCAGGAUUACCUUCUUAUGAACAGGCAAUGGCACUCACAAGAAAACACAACGUUUCGCCACCACCACCAUAUCCUGGGCCAGCAAAAGGAUUUGGGGUAUUUAAGAAGUCUAUGUCGCUCCCUUCUCACUGAGCCCACCUUGCCAUCUUGGUGGGAUAGGAGAUCCAUGUUAUUUGAAUGGUUCAUUCUCCCUGAACCAAUAAAGACAUAUCAGUUCAACCUGUUAGGACCAACUACUGGGACUGAAGGAGGAAUAAACCCCUGUACUACCCUGAAGUGCUAUGUGCAUCUCCAGCCUAAACUUGAUCAUGAUCAGCUUGAUAAGAAACUUUGACUCCACAUCCUUGCAGUUAUGAAGAGAGUACUUUUUUGUUUAUUUUAAUGUUUCAAAAAAUCUGUGUUAUGGGGCCCGUCCUGGUGGCAUAGUGGUUAAGUUUGUGUGCUCUGCUUUGGCAGCCUGGGGUUCAUGGGUUUGGAUCUUGGGUGUGGACCUACACACUACUCAUCAAGCCAUGCUGUGGCAGCGUCCCACAUAAAAUAGAGGAAGAUUGCCAGAGAUGUUAGCUCAGGGCCAAUCUUCCUCACUGAAAAAAAAAAAGUAUUAAGUACUAAUUAAAAAAAAAUCUAUGAUAUGGAUGUCAUAGCUAGAACUGGUGAACUAUCUCUAUGUAUCCUUUGUACAGAUAAAGGUUGUAGAUUUCUUGUGUUGAACAUAAAAAAAGUAAGAGUUUCUACUCAUUAGAUUAUCCCAAGUCAUAAUAUUGGACCCACUGUUUAUUAGGAUUUCUUUUUGGUUGGAAAUACUUCACAGAAUUUGAUAUUUCAAUAGAAAUGUGUCCUUAAUAAAAUUACCUCGUUUUAUAAUUUAAUUAUUGAAUACAUUCACCAUAUUUUGCAGGUUUUAGUUGUUAACUCUCGCCAUAAGUCAUGUUUAAUUAUGGGGAGUGGGGUCAGUAGUUUUCUUUUUUUAAAAAAACACUUGGUAGAGAGUUAGUUCUUCAGAGGGUACAGGGUUGCAAUGCCAAGGAUUUGCAAGGGUUGUUAUACUGUCAAAUAAAGAAGCCUCAAGGGCUGGCCCCAGGGCCUGAUGGUUAAGUUCACAUGCUCUGCUUCAGCAGCCUGGGUUCAGUUCCCAGGUGUGGACCUACACUGCUCAUCAAGCCAUGCUGUGGUGGCAUCCCACAUAUAAAGUAGAGGAAGAUUGGCACAGAUGUUAGCUCAGGGCAAAUCUUCCUCAGGGGAAAAAAAAAGGGAGAAGCCUCAAAUCUAGGAGUGACUAGAACUUGAUAAAGUUGCCCAUGUUACUGAUGAGAAGACACACCCAUUUUCAUUGCUAAAUUAUCUAUAUAUAACUCUGUAUAAUUGUCUUGAAAAUUUGUCGAAGUUUAUAAAUAGUUUGAGAACCUGGAAAAAGUAAUUUACUUUUCUGCUAUUAAAAUAAUACCAAUUAAA